ACGAGCGCCGCAGACGGCGCUGAUCACCUGACUUCUUGGGAUCAGCGAGGACCGUUGGCCGUACCCGUCAUGAGAUCACCAUGCUCUCGCUGGUGCGCAUCGUGCUCGUCACAGCCGCGUUCCUGCAACUCCUGGAACCAGCGGCAUCUAGCAGGGAUGACUGCCCUCAGACCGCCGUGGAAGAGCUUCGAGAACGUCUGGGCCCGGCGUUCAACGCCCGCUACAUGUCCAUAGACAAGCCACCGAACGACGAGGAGCCCACUCGUAUCUACGCCCGACACACGGAAUCCGUACUACAGAGCGACGACCCCUCCGCCGUCAGCAGCCCGGACAACGGGCACGAGCAGGCACACCCAAGCUUUCGCGUAGACCCGGACUUCGUUCGAGACGUGGCCUCGAGCGCCGGCCACGCGAGUGCGCACGACGGGCCGCAGACCAGAGCGCGGAGGAACGGGGACAUCGUCGACGAGUCGCACGGGAUGCCGAAGAAACGCCGCAAGUCGUCGUUCCGGCUUCGAAAGACGUCUACCUGGAGAAGUCUCCGUGAGCGGGACGAAACGUCGGCAGCGCCACCGGGACGCGGCGUUAUCCAGCGUGGAAACUCUCACCGUGGUCGUCGUCACGACGGCACGAAGAAGCCGUGGGGCUGCGAGUCCCGCAUGGAAUGGCUCGACUUGGGCGAAGACCGCUUCCCGAGGUACCUGCGCACGGUGCGCUGCAUGGGCGAGGCAUGCUGGUUCACGCACUUCCAGUGCAAGGGCCGCGCCUUCACCGUCAACGUUCUCAAGCGCGUCGCCGCCCGGCCAUCGUGCGGAGGCGAAGGACGCACAUCGCCCGAGAACUUGCCCGGCGAUCUUCGCGAGAACUGGGUCUUCGAAGAGCGUGCGGUCACGUUCUGCUGCGACUGCACCGCAACGAGUGAAGACUGACUUUUCGGCAGCGAGUGUGUGCGCGGUAUGACCAUCUGACAGCGUUGUUUGGAAGACAUGCCGCAAUCAUGACAGUGACACGGGGAUGUGCUUGUGCACGAUGCACUUCCUAAGUGGUACCAUGCUGCUCAUAAAGUCGCCUCUCAAGGUACAUUGAAAAAUA